UCGACUGUUUACAUCUGCACAUGGCGGAAGUGGUUUCACUGUGUACAUUUUUCCUGAAAUAUUUACAAAAUCCAGCGAUGACAGCUUUAAAGAGCUUUGAAGGGUGAAGUCGCUUGUUGGGGGUGAAUCGGCGCGUUGGUGUGCGGGUUGUUUCGUGUCAGAAUAAUACGGUUUUUUUACCGGGGAACGACGUGAAGCGGUGCGGUCCAUUCGCACACAGCGGCGUUGAAGGGUGGUCACAGCGGGGCGAAGCUGAAUGAAGAGCCGAUGCAGCUGUGACAGGAGGUGUAACCUGUUUUUUAAAAAGGUCAACCAAAGUUAAUUUAUAACUGACCAGUAUCUACAUACCGACCUCUCUUUCUUGAUCGUGGUCUGCUCUGCUCAGCUGCCUUGAAGACGAGCAAGUCGAGGGUUUGUCAGCUGAUUGAAGACGAGCUGCUGUGGAUCCUUGCCAUGGAUAAAGAGUUGACACCUUUGGACUGCCUGCUGCCCUCUGGCACGCUCAAGAUCUGUCUGAUCAUUCUCAACCAGCCGCUGGAUGUGAGCUACCUGCACAUGCUGUGGAGUAAAGCUCUCUUGAGGGCCUGUGCUGAUGGAGCUGCCAAUCACCUUUAUAACAUCACUGCUGGAGAACGUGGCAGCUUCCUCCCCGACUAUAUCAGUGGGGAUUUUGAUUCCAUUACUGCCAAGGUCAAAGCUUUCUAUGCCGACAAGGGGUGCAAGCUGAUAGAAACAGCUGACCAGGAUCUAACAGACUUCACCAAGUGUCUGGCGAUCAUGCUGGAGGAGAUUCAGACCAGACGGUUACAGGUGGAUGCGAUAGUGACCCUGGGCGGUCUGGCGGGCAGAUUUGACCAGACCAUGGCAUCUGUGGAGACGCUCCACCACGCUCUGUCCAUGACACAGCUGCCCGUGAUGAUCAUACAGGGGACGAGUCUGGCAUAUCUACUCCGACCUGGCAGCCACCGACUUGGAAUGAACACAGGUCUGGAGGGGGACUGGUGCAGCCUCAUCCCAGUGGGAGGGCCGUGCCAAACAAUCACCACUGGACUCAAAUGGAACCUGAAUAACCAGGUCCUGCAGUUUGGGAAGCUGGUGAGCACGUCCAACACCUACGAGCCCGUCGCUCCUGGAAACACCAGGAAGCCUGUCACUGUGAUCACAGACCAGCCACUACUGUGGAGCAUGGGAAUCCAGAAAAAUAUAGAAUAGCACAGAAAAGGUUUGCUUUCUCAGUUAGUGUUCGACUAAUCAGAACAUCACACAUGGAAUUCAGUGAAAAACACCUUUAAAUGUAACAGAAAUCUCACUUAAGUGCUUUUAUGAAUUUUGCAUGACUUGGCCCACAGGUAAUUCAAAACAGAACCGAAAUAGCAGAUUCUUUUCAUUUUUAUAUCUUGGACAAUGCUCUUCUGCCAGAUCAUUGUUUUUUCCACUGUGUAGGGAUGAAUUCAAAAUGUAUCACAAAGUAGUUUUGUGUCUGUCGUUGAAAAUGCACCUCAUACAACCAGAAUCAGAGCCUUUUUUCAUACAGCUGGUCCAUUUCAAGUACCGAGUACUGAGAUGACAGCAUAUUGUAGAAAAAUCACAAACAAGUUUCGUCACAAUCACGAACUUUACAUCGUCAUUUAAAAGUGCAGGAUUCCACUUCAACAUGUGCCUUCUGUAUCAUCCUUUUUCACUGAUUAUAGAGUAAAAAGUAUUUCCACCUGUCUUCUUCUUCAGGUUAGAAAAUGUAGACUACAAUGUAGCGAGGGCAGCAAUGCUGUUUGCAUAGACGGGACAAAUCAAAAGUGUGGGUUUCCAUUUGUUUUAUUUACACAGCAAAUACAAAUGUUGUGCACAGAACGUAAAAAUUGCCAUCCCCAUUCAGUCCCGAUCACAUCAGCCCAAUAUCACUUUACAGCACCGUCACCCGUCCCCAGGUAUUGAAAAUUGUUUUUCUCUGACCAGGAUUUAACCACCACUGGAAGAAAGAAAAUAAAAAAGAAAGUGUUAGGGACAAGUAAUCAAAAUGUGGCCAAUACUAUUUUUUAACAGUAAUAUUCACGUUUUUUAAUGACCCAGCUAACGCAUUAAAACCACCACUGAUGAAAACCACUCGUCAAUUUUCCUUUGAGAAUUCAAGAUUCAGAAUAGUGUAUAUUCUGACACCCUUAACCAUAGAUUAAUUGUAUUUGAAUGCUUUAAAUCUUUUAUGCACAAAAUACUAAAUAUUUUCUGUCAUAUUCAUCAGCUGUAUAAAUUGUGAUGUGAAAUUAACACCAGGUCCUUGGAUGAGAUGCUGCUAUUCUACCACUGAUGUAACAAAAUGAACUGUCUCAUGCGAGAGAGGAGAGUAAAUCAUUUGUUUUCCUAUUAAUUGUAUACCUUAAUAAAUAAAUGUGGAAUUUCUACUGACAUUUUAGUAGAAAGUCCCUAAAAUGUG